AUGGCUGUUACUGUACAUGAGGAAUUUAAUAGCGAUAUUAGUUUUGGAGCCAAAACUUAUGAUAUAAAAGUUAUCAAUCAUCUUCUUCGAGCUGUAAAAAUUAAAGAUAAUGCAGUAUUUUAUUGUACAAGAGAAGGCAUUAAGGUCACCGUAGAAGAUAGAAAAUGUCUUCAAGCAAAUGCAUAUCUAGAAGUUGCUUUGUUCGAUGAAUACAAAAUAUGUGUUAAAUCAAAUGUCGACUUUGUGAAAUUUACUGGAAAUUUGCAUGUGAUUUUAGACUGUCUUAGUAUUUUACAUAAUUCAACUUCUGGUGGACUAACUGCUUUAAUUAUAACUUAUAAAGGAGAAGGACACCCUAUAAAACUUUUGAUGGAAGAUAAUGGAAUUAUUACUGACUGUCAAAUUAAAACAUUCAAUUAUGAGCCUGUGUUAAAUUUUGAUUUUCAAUCAUCAGUGUCAAUUAACAAAGUAGUUUUAUUUUCUGAUUCUUUCAAAGAAGUAUUAAAUGAUUUAGACACAUCUAGUACUACUCUAAAGAUAUCUAUUUCUCCUGAUCCUAGUAAAUUCAAAUUGACAACUUUUGGUAAUGGGUUCACCAGUGAAACAGAUGUGCCGAGUGAAUGUGAAAUGGUUGAUGCUUUCCAUUGUUCCAACUAUUGUGAACACAGUUACAAAUUAUCUCAUUUAAAACCAGCAUUAAAACAUUUGCCAGGAUCAUUAAAAAUUUCACUACAAAUAAAUGAAACAGGAAUUUUAUGUUUACAAUAUAUGAUAGUUGAUGAUGGUGGUCAGAGCUGUUUUGUUGAAUAUUUCUGUUUGCCUGUUUUUAAACCAACAGAAAAAAGUUUGUCAAUUCAAAAUGAUUAA